CGGAAAUUGUGCUGUAAUUUCACGUAACAGUAAGGGAGGAGAAGACGAAAUGCUGUUUUUGCCACUUUAAUCCUCGAUUUGAAAUCCGCAGAUGAGCUACAUGUGCUAAAUAUUGAUUGAAAUUUUUGACAGACACCACUCCACUAAGUCAUGGCUGCAUUAGUCCCAGAAUUUGCAAUGUCUUUGAUGAUUUACCCUGUACUUGUCACAACAGCUACAGUGACAGCGGCAACCCUCCUCGUCUACCUCAACCGACCGGUUCUUGUGGUUCAGAUGUACAUGAAAUUUGCAGUGUUGUUUAGUGGGAUGAAGAUUCAGUAUGUAAAAUUAGGAGACCUCACAUUAUGUUACGGAGAGAGAGGCAGGAAACGACCUGACAAGUCUUCUAUUCUCCUUCUGCAUGGAUUCUCAGCUGACAAGUUUAUGUGGGUGCCACUGGUGAAGAAUCUUACAGACUACCAUGUGAUUGCACUGGACUUGCCAGGACACGGGGACAGUGACAUUCCCUCAGAAGGUGAAGACAUUUCAUUCAAUGGACAGGUGUCUAGGGUUCGCGAGUUUGUGGAGGCUGUUGGAUUGGACAAGACACCAUUCCACAUGGUGGGAAUGUCUAUGGGUGGGUCUAUAGCUGGCCUGUACACUGCCAAAUACCCAGACCAAAUAGAAAGGCUUUCUAUGAUGUGUCCAGCAAUGAAGACACCCAUAGACAGUGAAGUUUCCAUAAAGAUUCGGGAGAUUAUGGAGACACAGGAUGAUGAAACCAUCCUCAGAGAAUGUCCAUUUAUACCAAAAAACCCUGAGGAGAUGAAGUAUAUGCUAGGCUUUGCUCAGUUUUACAAGCCAAAUUUCUUUUUUACAAACAAGAUUCUACAGGGUGCUGUUGAAAUGAGAAAACCAAACAACAUUUUUUUCUUUCGUCUGUUCAAGUCCCUUGCCAGCUGGGAAUAUGCAGCAAUAUUAGAGAACACAGCCCACAAGAUCACUGUACCAAGCCAGCUUAUAUGGGGCGAGGAAGACCAGGUGAUAGAUGUAUCAGGAGUGAAGGUACUGCAAGAAAAGCUGCCAAACUGCCAAUCUGUGGACAUCAUUUCCCGCUGUGGUCACGCCAUCAACCUGGAUAGACCAGGCUCAAAGACCAAAGCCAUUUUAAAAUUUAGGGGCGAACUUAAAACCAAGCAAAGCUGAUGUUACGUCAUUUCUAUGGCAUUUUUGUUUCACUGUCACACACACCAUUACAUUUCACUGUCAUUAAAUCAUUUAAAAAAAAUAUAUAAUGUCAUUGGAGAAAAAAAUUCUACAAGUUCACAGAUUACAUUUUUUAAUUUUUGCAUUCAUGAAGCUAGUCUUUGUAUUAGAAGAUUGUAUUGUCAUAUUGUUCCCAAGACCUUGCAUCACACAUCUCAGAUGGAAUUAGUCUCCAACUGACAAUGUGAGAAAGGCAUGCUUUAAGGUGUAUAAGUCAUAACUAUCAAAAUAUAUAUGCAAUGUAUAAUACUCCACAGUAACCAGCGGUAUUAAUGAUGUACAUCUAUAGAUAAAAUUGACGUCUGUCUGAUCACAUGUUCCGAUACGUUUGAUACUGUUGAAAGGUAAAUCUUAGGCCAAGAAUUAGUCAUAACGGCUACUGCAUACUGUGUUUAUUAUUUUACAGGGUGUUAUUUUUGCACUUAGGUGAAAAAGACUUUUGCAUGGUUUUAUUUGAGGUUCAUAAUUCUUAGAUAAGCAUUGUUGAUUAAGUACCAAUUUGUAUAGCAUUGAAUUUUAGGUUGUUAGAUAAGCAUUACUGAAUCUGAAAAUAUCAUCUUUCUUAAUCCUUAGCCAUGGUGCCGCAUAAAUAAUGUAUGGUAAAUUCACUCUGUCUAUGGUAUAUAAUUUGAUAGGAUUAAUUAUAAGCCUCACGACAAACCUAUCAAUUGAGUCUUUUAAUCUUCAACACGUGCCUGUGGUGGACUACUAAAUAUAUGUCCUAAUCAGUUGCUGAAGCCAGGAAUAGAUAUCUACAUACUAAGACCUUACAGCUUAGAUAGCUAUGUAGACAUUACGGCUUUGAUUUAGGUAGACAUAAAGCUGAGAUAUCUACUAAACUUUUGACAGCUUAGAUAUCUAUGACGUCACUGUGCCCAAAUCGGGACACUGUUUAGAUAAAUCUCAAUGUUCUUUAUAUCAUAUACUAUCGGUUCAAAAAUGUUUUUCAUUUUUCAUAAAUAGAUACUAUCCACUUUUCAUUUCUAUUACAAGUUGAAUUUGGGGUGCGUGGUUCUAUAAAUAAAAUGUGAAAUACCAUCAGGGUUACUUAAGCCCUUGAUCUGGCGUAACUGUGCCCUGAAAAGGUCAUUUUGGUAUAUUUUUGGCUAAUAUUUGGGGAUAAACGAUCAAUAUCAGCAGAAAAGAAGA